AUGGAUCACAGAAACCUUGAUCCGAAAACGCUGAAGGUCAGCCAAUUGAGAAGAGUUUUGGUAGAAAAUGAUGUUGCGUUCCCUGCCAACGCUAGGAAGCCUGUCUUGGUGAAAUUGUUUGAGGAGAAAGUGAGGCAACGUCUCCAAUCUUCACCUGAGGCCUCAAAGGUUAGAACUAGCAUUCAAAAGGUUGUGAAGUCUGGGGCAAAAAACGCAGAUCGCAAAAAGACAUUAAAGAGUAAAAAGCUUGAAUCAAGUUCUAGUGAGAGUAAAACUGUCAAAGAUGAAAAUGUUGAAACUAACAAGAGGAAAAGGGAACAAAUUAGUACGGAUAAUGAAGCGAAGAUGCAAAUACAGGAAGAGAAGUCUCCUAAAAAGAAAAGAAAGAAAAGAUCUAGUAAGGCCAAUAAACCACCAGAGUCUCCUCCACAAUCUAAGUCAGAUGGGAAAGCAACUUCUGCUGAUUUAACUUCUGAACUGGAAACUGUAGAAGAACUUCAUAAGAAAGAUUCUUCGGAUGACAAACCAAGGGUAAAAGAGCUUCCAAAACCAGAAUUGCCGAAUUUAAAAGUAUCAAACGAAUUUUUAGCUCAACUAAAUAAAGAGUUAGCUAGUGCAGCUACGGAGAAUUAUGAUCAUUCUAUAAAAUCCACGGACUUAUCGUCUAUCAGAAUCGAAACAGAAGAGCCUGUUGGUCCUUCAACUGGAGCAGAAACAAGAAAUGAAAGUGAGGUGAUGGAGAAUAUCAAUUUGGAAGUCCAACCUGAGGUGAAGGAAGCAAAAGAAGAACUAACAAAAAUAUCAGAAACUUUUGAUAAUCAAGACGAAGAGGAUACUAGUAGGUUAUCGUCGAAAAAAAAUAUACGAAGUCCAAAAGGUCGCACCAGGCACUUCAUUGCCAACAAAACUAAAAGAGGGAUAGAUAUUAUGAAACCGUUUAUUGCACAUCUCUUCAUUUGGUUAUGGAAUGGUGCUAUUUUCCUUUCAAUAAUAUGUCCUAUUCUUUUUGGUCUUUGGUAUCGAGAACAGAGAAUUCAAGUAGGAUAUUGCGGUCAUGAAAAGCCCCUGAAAUCUCUUGCAAUCUCAGCUUUCCCUCAGACUGAAAGGGUAGAUUCAGUGUUGCAAGCUUAUCGACCAAAUUGUCUCGAAUGUCCUGAGCAUGGAAUAUGUUCUUCUUUUAUGAAUGUUGAGUGUGAACCAGGCUAUGAGCCUAAAAGUUCUAUUUUAGAAACGUAUGGUAUUAUUCCUUUUCCAAAAUAUUGUGCCAAAGAUGAAAGUAAAGAAAAGGAGGUUGAUGAACUGGUUUGGAAAGUAAAUGAAUAUCUUAAAAAGAAGAAUGCACAACAUGAAUGUGGUGAAGGAGAGAAUCUCUUUGAGAGUGGUGAAACGGAAACCAAAUUAUAUGAUAUAUUCUCUCAUUCUAGACCGUCAUGGGAAAGUCAAAGGGAAUUCAAUGAUCAUUGGAAAAAUGUGCUUGAAAUAUUAAAGAAAAAAGAUGAUAUUAUCUGGCUGCCAUUAGAUUUUGAAACUAAUGGAAAAAGAGAGAAAUCUAAAUCUAAUAACACUAACUAUAUUUAUCGUUCAACUUCAAAAAAAUGGGUUACGUUGCAAUGUCAUUUAGAAGGGGAUAUACAGGAGUAUAUAACGAAAUAUGGUGGUUCUUUAUUUAUCACCCUAGGCGUCCUUUUCCUUAUCAAAAAAAUACAAUCGACACUUGACAAUUACGUUCAAGGAGAGCAGAUAAUUGAGAAAUUGGUAAAAGAGGCAAUUGAUAAAUUGAAAGAUGUAAAGAAGAACAAAGGUGAAGAACCUUUUCUGACAACAGUUCAACUAAGAGCUACUUUAUUGAGCGACAUACCAAAUAUAAAAGAACAGAAUAAUCUAUGGGCUCAAACGAAAGAAAAAAUCAUGAAAGAGCAAUCAGAGAAUAUAGAAUUAUAUCUUCUUGAAGAAAAUGGAGAGAUCAUGACAUGUUGGGAAUGGAAAGAAUGA